CCAGAAUGCAUAGAAGAAUGCAUGGAACGGCCAUAAUGCGGAGCCCUCUGGUAGGAGAGAGUGAAAUCAAAACCAGCUGCGGGGAAAAAAAUAUUGACCCUAUUUGGCAUUGCAACUUGACUGCCACCACCGUCAAACACGACUUGGUACUCUUGGAGAACCAAAUUCCUUUUUUUGUGCUUGAGAAAUUGUUCCGACUCACUGUGGAUCGGAUCCAAAAUAGUCGUCCUCUCAAGUUUUCGCUCGACCAUUAUGUCGUUCACUACUUUGGCAGCAUGAUGAGUCAAGAAGAAGAUUCCACAAGCAGUGGUGGCACGACGGCACCAACUAGUCGUGGUUCGCCUGGUGACAGCACUGUCCUAAGGAUUUCUCUCGACGACCAAAUGAAAAGUUCCGAAGAAGACGGAGUUCAAACUAGUCAUGCGCAAAGGUACUACUAUCAUAUUCUCCAUAAACUACAUGAGUAUUACCUUCCACAAAAAGAACUCAAUAAACCGCAUGAGGAUUACCUUCCACAACAUCAAACAAAAGAGAAAAAACCUGGCGAGGAAGGACGUUUCGAAAUGAUCAUGCCUUGUGCAUCAGAGCUCGACUAUGCAGCAGUCAAGUUUGAACCCGUUAGAAAAGAUCUAUUCAAGGUCGAUUUCAUUGAUCCUAAAGGCCCAUUCUGGUGGUGUCACAUGGCCCGUUUCAAAAUCCCUAUGCUAGAGAUAUACGACGAAACGGAGCUAUUCCUCAGAAACCUCAUCGCCUUUGAACAGUGUUGCCCUGGGGUUUCGCUGCAGUACUUCACGUCCUAUGCAUACCUCAUGGACAUGUUAAUUAACUCUGAGAACGACGUCCAGGUGCUCGAACAGGCCGAAGUCAUUUUUAACUAUUUGGGCGCCAGAGCGGACGCCACCAAACUGUUCAACAACCUAUGCAAGGAAGUUGGUCUAGGGGAGUUCUUUUUCGCCGCCAUGUGCAACAAAGCCACGGCGUAUAGUAAGGGUCGUUGGCCGAAGAACUUGGCAUACAUUCGAAGAACUUUCUUUGCUUCUCCAUGGACUUUCAUAGCUUUCGUUGUGGCCUUCAUCGCUUUUGGCAUACAGAUUGUUACGUUUGUCCAGAGUUUCCUUUAAUUAACGAGGAUAAUCAUGAAUAUGAUCAGCAAAUGCAGUACUUCACGCUGAUGUUUUUGUGUAUUUGUUCACAUUGAUGGUAGGCACGUUAAUUAUGUUAAAAGU